AUGUUCAGAAAGAUUUUGAAGCUUCAUUCAAAAGCCAUACAAUUUCUUAACAUUAAAAUUGGUUGUGGAGACUCUAAUUUCUUUUGGUGGGCUCCUUGUACCCCUUUUGGCUCUCUCCACGUUUUCUUGGGUGAGGAUGGUCUCUCGCUUUUGGGAAUCCCACUCUCUGCUACUGUUUCCAACAUUUGGAAUGGAACUGGAUGGGUUUUGCCUCCUACACAAACAGAGCGCCAAGUGUUACUUCCUUCUUAUCUAUUAACCAUUGGUUGCUCUUCUCAAAGUGCUAGUCCUGUCUGGUUUAUAUGUGGUUUACCUCAGACAUCUUUUUCUCUAAAUGCUGUGUGGAAUCAAAUCCGCUCCUCUAAGCCAGAGGUGUCAUGGGCGUCUUUGCUAUGGCAUAAGACUGGUUUAGCUCGACAUCAGACGACUACUUGGCUUUUUCUUCUUAACAGGAACCCUACUUUGGAUCGCUUGUCCGCCUGGGGCUAUGAUAUGGAAGGAACCUGUUUACUUUGUGGCGUGGAUUUGGAAACUAGGGAUCAUUUGUUCUUCGAAUGUUCCUUCUCUAUUUAA